UGUUCCGCAUAUAAGAGUAUGUAUUUAAGAGGCGCGCAUCCGGGUUACAUCGUAUUUUAACAAUAUCGUUUCACAUUGUAAAAUAUGUUGAAAGCCUGGCUGUUAAUUCUCUUUUUGGGAGAUGUUAAAUUUGUGCUUUCGGAUGAGCCUUUGUCGACAAGUUAUUUUCAAGAGCUAUUGUUGGAGAAAAUGACUAAGAUAGAUUUGAAUGUUCAGAAAGUAAUGGAAAGAUAUGAUAAGAUUGAUCAAGAAAAGGAACAAGAAAAUAACGACAUUUCUAGAUUUUCGACCACUGGACAAAAGGUUCUGCUAGUGAAAGAUCUUGAAAGGGAUGGAUGGAACAUGGUAUUUCGUGCAACAUCAAGUAAUGGCCAAAACGUUUUUGAUGCGUGGACAAAAGGGAUUGGCAUUUGCUCAGACAAACCAAAAUAUAUGGCACGAUCGUAUUCAAGCCACUACAGAAACAAUGUUGUCUCAAACUGGGCCAAUAUUGGGGCAAAGUAUGUCAAGUAUGCAUACUACGAAAACAACCAAGAAGUUACCUACGUCAUAUUCAACGGAACCGGAAGUGAUAUCAACUCUUGGUUUGACAAACACCGUAUUGUUGCAUCAAGCUAUGCAGAUCUAACAACAACCGAAAAGUACAACUAUUUCUCCAUCGUGGGCGCCUACCAGCCAAAACGUCUUGAACGGCGGUUUUUCAUCAACAAAUUAUAUAAUCAUUGUCCUGGAGACCUUGGUCAUCUGCUAGUUUCAGACGAUGAACCUCCAAAUAAUGUGUGCAGCUUUGAUAAACAUGCGAGUUACCCACAAUUCUUAUACUCGAAGAUUAACUCUGUCGACUUCUGGGGCAGUCAUCUGUUUGGAAGAGCCGACUAUAUGGCGAUUUUCAUAAAAACUGAAUAGACAGUUUAGGACAUGGUCAGUCACAUUGACGAUGUUUCGAUUCACUAUUUUAAUGUAAUCUUUAUUCAAACGACUUUUAUUUUCAUUGUUCUUUCCAGUUUCGUUCUGGUGAUAAUUGAACGUUGGAUAACUGUUUCUUCAUAAUUUUAAAAUAUCAUUUACUUUAAAAUAUUGAUACUUUUAAUUACUAUAUUUUGUGUUAAAGUAAGUUAAAUAGCUAUAUAGCAGAGCAAAAAUCUAUUGCAGAUUCAGAAGGAUGUAUUUAUGAUAAAUUUUUAUUUCAGUUAUUUAUUUAUUGAGUAUUUGUUGUCAUUUUCAAGAUUUUUUUUUGUUCUCAUCAAACUAAGUGCAAGCCAAAGUAAAUUAAAUUUUCACCUAAAUUAUACUUUCAGUUCCCCGUGAGUUGUUCCCCUUUACCUACUAAGCAAUAAACAAAUAACAUGGUGUCAG